GGACCCCAGUGCUGGCAGGUGAGUGUGUCCCCAGAUGUCACAGGGACCCUUUCCAAGCCCUCGCUCAGGGCUGAGCCAGGUUCUGUGGUCAAGAGAGGGUUACAGGUGACCUUCUCAUGUCAGGGGACUUCAGGGGCCCUGGAGUACCGUCUCCAUAAAGAGGGAGACCCAUAUCCUGGGCACAUGCAGACCCUGCUGGAGCCUGGGAACAAGGCUAAGUCCUCCAUCCCAUUCCUUGACUGGAGUCAUGCAGGGCGAUAUCGUUGUAACUAUCAAACUCCUGCUGGCUGGUCAGAGUUCAGUGAUCCCCUGGAACUGGUGGUCACAGGAUACCACUACAGCAAACCCAGCCUCUCAGCUCAGUAUAGCCCUGCAGUAGCCUCAGGGGGGAACAUCGUCCUCCAGUGUGUCUCAGGACACCAAUAUGACAGAUUCGUGCUGAAGAAGGAAGAACCACAGGAGCUCUCCUGGACCCUGACCCCACAGUAUACAUAUUCCACAGGGCAGUACCAGGCCCUGUUUUCUGUGGGCCCCGUGAUCCCCAGUCAAAAGUGGAGGCUCAGAUGCUAUGGCUAUGACCUGUGGAGCCCACAGCUGUGGUCAGAACCCAGUGACCCCCUGGAGCUCCAGGUCUCAGAGACUCACCACAAACCCACCAUCAGGGCUGAGCCAAGCUCUGUGAUCGCCUCAGGCAGUCACGUGACCAUCUGGUGUCAGGGGAUUCUCAAUGCCCAAGAAUAUAUUCUGCAGAAAGAGGGAAGCUCAGCACCCUGGGACACACAGAUCCCAAUGGAGCCCGGGGACAAGGCCAAGUUCUCCAUCUCAUCCAUGACAGAGCAAUAUGCAGGGCGAUAUUGUUGUUACUAUUACAGUCCUGCUGGCUGGACUCAGUGCAGUGACGCCCUGGAGCUGGUGAUGACAGUCCACAGUAAACCUCAGCUGUCAGCCCUGCCCAGCCCUGUGGCCUCUGUUCAGGGUCUUUGCUCCAUCCCUGAGCUGCCUGAAGAAUCAGCCCAUCAAAGACUGGGAGGUUACCAGAUGAUUCUGAUCGGGGUCUCAGUGGUCUUCUUCCUGCUCUUCCUUCUCAUCUUCCUUCUUCUCCGAUGGAGGUGUCAGCACAAAUGUAGGAAAGAGGUUCAGAGUGAAAUCACUGACAUACAACUUCCUGAAGACUCUGAGGAGCCAGUGCCCAGGGAGAGAGGUCCUCAGAAGAGAUCCUGCCCAGCUACUGCCAUCAAGAAAGAAAUCAAGUAUGCUUCUCUGAAGUUCCCACAGCCAAAGUCCAGCAUGGAGCUGUACAGUCUGAACCCACCUAAUGAAGACCCCCUGAAAGAGAUGUACACCAAGGUCAAACCCUCCAGGCUCGGGAGGGCAGGGGCCACCUCUCCUCCUUCUACCUUGUCAA